AUGUGCCUGAGACGACUGGGCGGACGCUCCCCAUCGUGCCUGACGUGGGCACCGCCACACAACGCCGUUGCCGUGCUCACCGUCGCGCGGGGUGCGACGGCGCACACAAGUUGGAAGAGGAACGGUGCCUCGCACGCGGUGGCGCCGAGCGCGCACCCACCCCGGCAGCAAGCGAGCCAAAGUUACGCGACAUUUAGGCGUCUUCUUCGCAGCAUGCAGGAGGCACCGUCGCGGGGCCGGGGCUGUGGCGCAGCGGAGGCAGCCAUUCCCGUUGAUGAGCCGCUGGCCGCGAAUACCGCACUGAUGGAGCAGCUUGGCGUCAUGGACCUCUCCGAGCGGCGCACAGACGCAUUUGUCGCGUCCAUGGCCCCUACAGACGGCGCUGGCGGCAGCAGCAACAAGACGACGACGACGACGACGACGACAAUAGACACGCCACCGGCGACCGCGCUCACGGAGGCGUGCAGGGCAGGAGUUGCCUGUCAUCUUCCUCCCACCGUCAUCCUUCGCAGGAUCGCGGCGGCCGCAGAGAAGUCGGAUAGCCAUGCCGGGUGGAUGCCUCCUGUGGCGGCCGCGGUGCUGCUCCGCUGCGCUGCUGACCGCAUCACCUCCAGGUAUGCCGCCCUGCAGCGCUGCAGGAAUGGCCGCGAUGCGGUUCCACCACGGCAGGAUGCUCUCUCGUGGCCUCGCAGUGACCAAGGCGAGGCGGCGCGCCUGCAAUGGGCCCUCGCUGAGGAGAUACGUCGAGGGUAUGAGAUCCUCACGCGGCUUCCGCAGCGCCGCCACGAAGCUGCGGACGUGCAAGCCACGGAACGCGAUGACAGUGGGGGAGUGCAAGACACAGUAACAUUGCAGACGGGGCACGUCGAUGAGCUUCGCGGAAGGCUUGAGCUUGCCGUUGCCCUGCAGGAUGGCGCCGCAGCCGUGGAUGCUGUGGAAAGACUUUUUGCCCUUUAUGGCCAAUCACAUCGUGCCGUGUCUGAUGAAGCGCAGGAGCAGCUUCGCGCAGACCUGAUGCGUGACGUGUGCGCGGCCGUCUCCGCGUUUCAUGCGGGCCGUGACUUCGCCGCAGGACGUGUACUCUACGAGAAGCUCGCCUCCGUCUUGCCGCUGGUUGCAGGAGCCGCCCCUGGCCUCGCUGCGGGAACCAGCGACGGCCUCUACAAGGAGAGCGGCGGCGGCCAUAGCGAGGCCGCGGCUGUGGAGCUCGCCGGGCGGCUGCGGCUGCUCACGGCUCUCGCGAAUUGCGUGGACACGAGUGCCGCCCACUUCACAUACGUGCGCGACGCCGUCGUAAAACUCUUUGCAAAUACGGACGCGGGCUACUUGCCCGCCACGCGGCGACCCGCACAGGAGGGCCUGUGCGCCGUGCUUCAUGCACUCGCGCGCGUCACACUCGAGCCACGGGCGAGGAUGGCUGAGGCACAGUCGGUGUUCUGCGCCGUGCAGCAAAACUCACACGCCGACGUCGCCGUCGCGGCCGCGGUCACGGAGGCGUUGCUGCAAGUCGCAAGUGCCGCCCGUGAUAGCAGCGCGGCGUUGCUGCUGUACAACCAGCUGGCGGCCCCCAAAACACAUCGCGCCGAGGUUCCGGCAAACAUCAUGGCGGUUCUCGUGGCCGAGAAGGACGCCCUCGACGACUUUGCACGGUUUUUGAGUUUUGUAGGUCUGCGUCGGCGGGUCAUGGCUUCCUCCGCCGCACAUCUCCUUGCCGCGAAGCUGCUCUUGCAGCGUCGGCCCUCCGAGGUGGUGUACACCGUCUUGGACCUCAUCCACGCCAAGCACGAGGUGGAGCCGCAGCGAACGUUCUUCCUUCGCCUCCUGGCGCUCUACCGUGAUCUGCAGCAGCGGAUGUCCACCGGCGACGCCGCCGCGCCCCCACCCGCGCACGCCCAGCGUAUUCUUGCUGACUGGCAGGAGGCGCUGCGUCGCACCGGUGUGAGGACCCUCGCCUUUACCACACUUCAACUCCUGCAACGCAUUCGUCGGCAGCUUCUGCAGCUGACGUCGCCCCAGGUGCGGCAGCAGGACUCCGCUGAGCGAACGGCGGAGACAACGUCUUCGCUGUUGGCUCUUAUUGAGGGCAUGCUGCAGGAGUUUUCCCUGGGCUGGCUGAAUCACCGUGCCACGGCGUCCCGUACGCCACGGUACUACGUGACGAGCCCCGAGCUGCGUCGAUGGGUGGCGGGGGAAACGAGUGCAGCCACUGAGGCGAGUCAAGCCGGCGUCGUGGUACGAACACUGCGAGAUCCCGUGACGCCCCCGGAGACCGUCGCGGCGCUUUCUGUGGAGGAGCGCCGGGUGCUGGUGCGAAAGGCGUGGGAGGCGUUAUGCGCCGCGAAUAACGCGGGCGGCAAAGUUGUGCUGGGCUUUAGCGAUUUUGUCCGCCUCUGCUGGCUGGAGGAUGCAAGCCUCUUCGGCAGCAGCGCGGCUGCCCCUGCCGCUGCCGCGUCUGCGGAGGAGCUCUUGUUUAGCCUGGACACACUCAACAGUCGUGUGCCGCCGCUGCACGUCACCGAUGCGCUUGGGGAGGCAAUUUUGCACGGCGACCCUCACGCAUCGCCCGCGUCUGUUGUGCUUCAGCGUGACGUCAGCGUUGCAGGCGCUCCCCCGGCAUCCCCGCGGCGCCGGUACAACCGCACCACAGAGGAGGAGUGGCUUGCGCGGUGGCUCGACGAGGCGGGCGCCGCGUUGCCUGUGGAGCGUGGCGUCUUUGAGGAGCAGCUGGAGCGUCUGCUGCGCAUGACGCCGCUGGUGGAGGGGACGCUGGGCGAGGAGGACGGUGGCCGAAAAGCGUCGGCCUUGCAGUGCUUCGUCGACGUCGCCUGA